ACCAAGUGCUCUGGACACUCUCUGUGCUCUGCAUGCCCAUGGACGAAUUUUGGAUCCCUCUUCUCACCACACUUGUUCUCCACCAAACCACGAGCGCCAGCGACACCACGGAGCUGAUCAGGGCCGUCGGUGGGUCCGUGACCUUCCGCACCUAUGACAUGACAGGGGGAAAUGCACUCUGGAGGUUUGGGACUGAACCCAUAGUGUGUGCGUCGUUUGAGGAUCCUCCUCAUGCCUUAUUUUCAACACAAACACUCAAAAAGCGUUCUGCUGUCUCCAAGAAGGGCCGUGCACUCAGCAUCUCCCAGCUGAGGCUGGAGGAUGCCGGGAACUACUCUGUAAUCAUUGGGGAAAAAAGAUUCACCUUCAUCCUCCGUGUGUACAGUGAGCUGACAGAGCCCAAAGUGACCUGCGAGGCCCAGAACUGCUCCUCAGGUGGGAGCUGCCACUACUCCCUGCGCUGCUCCGUGUCCGGCACUGACCUCGGGAAGGUCUCCUACACCUGGAGAGUGCGACAUCAGCUGUGGACCGAGGGCCCUGAGGUGCUGUUGAUGAAUAAAUCUGACUUAGAGGAGCUGGAGCCGCUGACGUGCACGGCACAGAACCCUGUGAGCAGCAGGAACGUCACCAUCACCACCCCUGGCAUGCUCUGCACAGGCACCCUCUCCAGCAGCGGGGUCAUGAUCUGGCUCCUAGCCACCAUUGGAGUCGCAGUGCUUUUAUUGGUUCUCCUCCUGUUCCUCUGUAAAUCUAAAGGCUGGAGGAAAUUCUGUGUCUGCAGAUCCAAUCCUCCGGGCACAGGAAUUCCUGAAGUUGGAAGAGCCCUCCAGGAUCACCAGUUCCAGCCUGGGAGCAAUCCUCGUCACCCAGACCUACAUUCUGUGCCUUCCUCAGAAAGCACCUCCAGGGACAAGGGGGUCCAACGCAGUUUCUUCUGGAUGUGA